UUAGAGUUUGCCAAGGGAAAAUAAAUUAAGUCCAAACCUAACUUCUAGAGCCGCCCCAAAUCUGCAGAUAAAUUGGUGUUCUGUUUCGACCUUUUUGCCCAAACAGAUAAAUCAUCUGCUCUAAAUCUACACCUGCUCUACCAGGACACAUGGAUUCAAAGCCAUAUCAGCUUCAUGUCCUUUUUCUCCCAUACAUGGCUCCUGGUCACAUGAUCCCAAUAGUUGACAUGGCAAGAUUAUUUGCUAGGCGUGGGGUGAAAGCAACCAUUAUUUCCACUCCCCUCAAUGCACCCUUCUUCUCUAAAGCAAUUGAAAGAGAUGGACACCUGGGUCAUGAUAUCAGUAUUCGCAUAAUAAAAUUCCCAUCUGCAGAGGCUGGCCUGCCAGAAGGAUGUGAGAACUUAAGUUCUAUUAAUUCGUGGGACAUGCAUGCGAAUUUCUUCAAGGCCAUGAGCAUGCUUCAACAGCCAAUUGAACAGCUCCUAGAAGAAUGCCACCCCCACUGUCUAGUGGCGGACGUGAUGUUUACCUGGGCUACAGAAGUUGCUGACAAGCUCAGCAUUCCAAGGUUGUUUUUCGGUGGAACAAGUUGUUUUGCUAUGUGUGUCUUUGAUUCCCUAAAACGCUAUGAACCCCACAGAAGAGUGGAUUCAGAUUUUGAGCCUUUUAUAGUGCCUGGGUUACCGGACCAGAUAAAGACGACAAGACAGCAACUGCCAGAUUACUUAAAACAGACAACCGAGCAUGAAUUUACGAAGUUGGUAAAUCAAGUUUCAGAAUCAGAGGUGAGAAGCUAUGGAGUCCUCGUGAACAGUUUCCAUGAGCUGGAACCAGCGUACUCAGAACACUACAUGAAGGUAAUGGGAAGGAAGGCAUGGCACAUCGGCCCACUGUCACUAUGCAACAGGAACAUUGAAGAUAAAGCAGAAAGAGGAAAUACAGCAUCCAUUGAUAAACAUGAAUGUUUGAGAUGGCUCGACUUGAAGAAACCCAACUCAGUUUUAUAUAUUUGUUUUGGAAGCUUGCUCGACUUUCCAGCUGCUCAACUACGGGAGAUUGCUUUAGCUCUUGAAGCUUCUGGUCAGAAUUUCAUUUGGGUUGUGAGAAAGGGAGAGCUGAGAAAGCAUGAGGACAAGGAAGAGUGGUUGCCAGAAGGAUUUGAGAGAAGGAUGGAGGGUAAGGGAUUGAUAAUAAGGGGAUGGGCACCACAGGUGCUAAUCCUCGACCAUAAAGCCGUUGGAGGGUUCAUGACUCAUUGUGGAUGGAACUCAACAUUAGAGGCAGUGACUGCAGGGGUGCCACUGGUCACAUGGCCACUUUACGCUGAGCAGUUCGUAAAUGAAAAGCUGAUUACAGAUGUUCUCAAGAUAGGAAUUGGAGUUGGUGCCCUGGAAUGGUCAAGAUAUGCUAAGAAAAUUCUAGUGAUGAAGGACGGCAUAGAGAAGGCAAUUGUUCAGUUGAUGGAGGGCGAAGAAGCUGAGGAAAUAAGAAACAGAGCAAGGGAAUUGCAGGAGAUGGCAAGGAACGCUAUGGAAGAAGGAGGAUCAUCUUACUCUGAUUUAACUGCAUUGCUGGAAGAAUUAAGGGCCCUUGAGACAAGCAAGCAAGAAUCCGCAGGCCAUUAACAUGUCUUGUUUUAAUUUCCUAUUACAAUGUUCCUAGAGUGUGGUUAAGAUUGCGGUGAAAUGCGUUCUGCUUGUCCGUAUUUAGUUUUUCACAAAAAUAAAAGAGCAUUUCACACGA